UUUUACAUGCCUCCCAUCCCACGCAUGUGUCGCGGCUCGGCGACAACGUGUAGGUCAUCGCUCGGCAGUUGUGGUUCGUUGCACCUGUACCGUUUCAUGUUUAAAUGCAUCAAUGUGAUCGACGAGACACUUGCUUUCGAAAGCUUGAAUUUGCCGCGCUGUCUGUGACGUGACCCAGCCGCCAUCGCUGAGUGAAUCAUCAUCGCAGCGGCCCCUGACCUGUCACCGUCUGCCGUGGUACGCGGCGUGAGCCCGGGCGGCCAUGAGCCAGACCAACUCGCAUAACACCUCCAGCUCCCUCAGCUCCGCCGGCACCAUCUCGAGCAUGGAGACGCUACCGACUCAAGACGUGGUGGACGGCGACUUUGAUUACCACGACGAAGUAGACGAAAACCCGGAGAUCGUGUGGGGCCGCCUUUUGCCCGUAGGGAAGACUUUUUUAGCUGUUGAUCUGAAGGAGACGAGAGAACAGAGCAAGGAUGAGUAUGUCUUUGGUCGGGACUCAUCUUGCGAUGUGGCCUAUAGCACUCCACAGAUGUGCAGCAACCCGUGCUUCCAGGCUAUCAGUAAAAGGCACUUCAGGAUAUACAAGGAAAAGAAGAACAGCAGCGUCUUUGUUUUCAUUGAAGACUUCAGCUCAAACGGCACUUUCUUGAACGGUGAAAAAAUUGGCAAAGGACGGAAAUCGCCCCUGAAGAACAAUGACGAGAUUGCCCUCUCACUUCCCAAAAAUAAAGCUUACGUGUUCAUGGACAGCAGCAGCGACACAGAACAGGAGGAUUUACCUGAAGCUAUGAGAGAGAAAUAUAUCUUGUCCAAAGUACUGGGAAGAGGGGCUUGCGGAUUGGUGCGGCUAGCUUUCAAGAAGGGUAGUUGCGAAAAGUUUGCCGUCAAAAUUAUCGAGAAGAAAACAUUCUCCAUUGGAGGGUCCAUGCUGAGUAAUAUGGAAAAAACAGUCAUGGAAGAGGUCAAGAUCUUGAAAGCAUUAAAUCAUCCUUGCAUUAUAGCCAUCGAAGAUGUUUGCCACACCGACGACAGGCUCUACAUUAUCCUUGAAUUGGUUGAGGGUGGUGAGCUGUUCGACCGGGUUGUCUCAGUCAAAAAGUUUGAUGAGCUUACUGCUAAAGUCCUAUUCUACCAGAUGCUGUUGGCUACAAAGUAUCUCCAUGACAACGGCAUCACCCAUAGAGACUUAAAGCCAGAGAACAUCCUCCUCAGUAACGAUGAUAGCCACACCCUCAUCAAGGUUACCGACUUUGGCCUGUCUAAGUUCCUGGGAGAGAAGUCACUGAUGCAGACGCUGUGCGGAACACCCACUUACCUGGCCCCCGAAGUCCUGACCAAGGCCGGCAAGACUGGGUACGGCAAGAGUGUUGACUGCUGGAGUCUUGGAGUCAUUCUAUUUAUUUGCCUUGGUGGCUACCCACCGUUCACCGAGGAGGUCACUGUCAUGCCGCUAGACGAACAGAUCAAGAGAGGGUACUACAACUUCCCCACAAAAUUCUGGAAAGGUGUUUCAGAUGAAGCAAUUGAUCUCAUCAAGAAGCUUCUAACUGUUGAUGCACAUCGGAGAUUCACUGUGAACAAUGCUCUGGAACAUCCCUGGCUUAAAGACGACAAUAUGAAGGAGAUCGUGGAAAACCUCAUGCACCCACCCUCCAAAAGGAUGCCCCCACCUCAAAUAAACAUUAUGACAAAGAAAAGACCCCGUGAUAAGGGCAGUGAGGAUGUAAAUGGGGAGAAAUCAAGCAGCGGCAAUGAAUCGGCGAAGGUUACCCGACUGUCCGACAGCAGUGAUGAAAACACUAGAAGCAUCUCUGAUGUGUCUCUAAAUUAGGUUGAAGGGAAGAUUCAGGGCGUCAAAGAAACACAAAAUGUACAAACCAACUCCACGUAUACUUGGUUUCCCCCCCCCCCCAAAAAAAUCUCUGGCCUUGGGCACCAGAACUAGCUUGUUAUGCACUUCUGCCUUAGAAUCAUUUUUAGAGGAGCUGGUGAGUGAAAUGCCAAAAAUAAACCCCCGAAGAUUCUUGACAGUUUGGUUUUGUUGUUUCUCACAAGAGCAGUUUCUCAGUUGAUUGAAUCACUCUGGUGUGAGCAGCGUAAGUUCUGUCAUCAUUCCUAAUACAUUUGGAUUGUGUUACUGAACACGCUCAGUUCUGUAGACAAGACAUCCUAUUAAACUGUGUCACACACUUUGAAUACUGCUUUCAAUAAUACUUAUUUAAGGAUACAUUCAAACUUGAGCUAACCUCUUUGUACACAAGUUCUCUAAGCACUGAACUUCUUGUUGGCACCAACUGGUCACUAGCUGAAAACAGUAUUGCUUUGCUUGGUACCCUGCUCAUUUUGCUCAGCAAGUAACUUUCCUCCCAAGUCAAAAUCUUCUUCAGUGGAGCACCAAGAAAAAAUGUUGGAGGUUACUUUGUAUAUAUGUAUAAAAGGGUUUGUGACAACUCAAAAAAUGUCUGGCAUGUUUUGAAUGUGCUGCCUUAAAACACGGACAGAAUGAUAGUAAUUUUAAGAACGUCAUUAUUGCUUGACUUUUUAAAGCCAGUCGCUUCAAAAAAUUAUUGAAAAAACAAAGAUGAAACAAGGAACAAUUUUUAAAAAACAUAUUAGAACUGAUCAAUAUUGUGGGUUGGAGGAUUUUUUUUCAUGGAAAGAAUGAGCUGUUUUGUUGAAGUGGCUGUGAUUUCAGAGAUGUUUAGUAACAUCAUGUUCAGUUCUGAGACAUUUAGUAAUUUGACAGCAUUAGGUUUGUGCGUAAUCCAGGUGAGAAUUUAUAUUGUUCUAACACAACUCGCAAAUAUGGUAAAUAUCCAGGAAAUGUUUUCCCUCUGGAACUUGCGGCUUUCAUUACAAAAUCAAGGUUGCAUUUUCUCCAAGUGACAUAUCUGGUUGGAACAGAUGUGGGAAAAUUUGUGUUAACAGUAACUCUCUCUGCACAUGACAAAAUGGUACGUUACUUUUGAAAGUUAAAACCUCUUGUUCCCCACCUGUAUGCAAGCUUAGCAAGUUUGAUAACGGAUCACUGGGCUCCGAGACCAAACAGGCAGGAAAAAAAGCAGUCCAUUCCACACGAGUGAUUACAACAAUUUGUCGGUUGUAUCACGAACUGACAUAUUGAGGGUCAUUGUCACACUGAUGUAUCGUGCACACAGACUACAAAUGUUACGUCACCGCAGGGUGCAAUCAACAAAUCGACCGAUUUGUGCCAGCUGAGUCACUUGACCUACUGUGAAUAUUCCUCGGGAGGUUUUCCUCCCACCUCUAAAACUGUAACUGCUUGUCAUUGUCUCCUCUCUACAGGUUUCUUUAGGUUUGCAAGCUACAGUGCCUAGGAUGCUUUUGAGGAACCCUUGGUGUCACCAGAAAUAAAUAACAAUUUCAAACAACAAACAAGGCGUCCUUUCAUAGCAAAGUGUGUUAUGAGUGGUGUUUACCAAAACUAAUGCUGAUUUUCAGUGUAAUGCUCAGCACAUCAGUAAUCCGAGUACUUUAGCGACCGUCGACUUUAACUUUCGGUUAAUGACACAUUUUACUAUGGGAGGACGCCUUGUUUGCUGCUGUUUGAUACCUACGAUAGGUCAAGUGACUUAGUGGGUGCAAUUGGUUUAUUUUACCCAAGACUCUGGGAACUUUGACCGCAAAAUGAGGUUUCAUGAAAAUUGGGAGGGGGGGAUCCAUGGGAAAAAUCUGUGGAUUUUUUCUGUUCUGAAGAUGAAGCAGUAAUAAAUGCAAAGCAAUCUCAGCAUUCCCGCUCUCUUCCUACCAUGAGCCUGUCAUAGUUUUUAUUGACAGCAUGGUUCCAUUUGGUAUUCAUUUCACCAAAAAAUCUUGCUGUCUUCUUGAAUAAACGUGCAGAACUUUUCUACUGGAAUUUUAUGAAGGAAUAUCAUCAUGUAUUAAUUCAAAUCCUUGGUUUUAAAUAUUCCAGCAUAGUAGUAUUCAGAUAUUUUUUUCAACUUGAUAAACCCUAAUGUAAAUUAUUUGAACUGUUCUUGUUAAUAAAAUAGAUGGUCGGUAAUUACAUGAAACAAAGUCAAAGAUUCAUUGGAGAUGCUUCUGUCUAAAUAUCAUUAUUUUAUUUCAUACAUGUUUGAUGAAAAGAAAUGACAUCCAAACGUGAUGGAACUUUCGACAGAAAGAAGUCACUUGAAUACAUUGAACAAGUAUGGGAAAAACUUGGCAAAAUUUUCACGAAAACCCAUCCAUCACAAGAUUAAAAUGAGGAUAAGAAACUUUUGUGUGUGAAAGUCCAGUAGGAUCAAACAUUUAGUCUGCAAGGUUUAGUCAUCUUAUACAAUUAAUUCUUGAUUUCAACAAAUAACACACUUUGUACGCGACACUAUUACAUAGUUUUGUUGAUUUAACGAAAAUCACAUCUUCUGUUUUUAGAUAAUUACGCCUAAUGAUCAAAGUCCAUCCACAAUAAUCCUGAGCACAGGGCAUAUUCUAAUCAGCUUGUAACGGGCAACAUGCUUGAGUAACUUUUUUUUACAUGCAGGACUUUUGUCAAUGAGUAGGGCCUUUGUCGUCGACUCUUUAAAGCAUUCACGAAACGCGUUAUAACUCGUGUGUAAAUGAUUUUAGUUCUGAUGGUAUUCCAUUCACCAAAUAAGGUUACCAUAUGCUGCUGGGGAGCCCAGUUUUGGAGACA